AGAAGUGUGUCCUCUUAAACUGGAUGUCAAUUAGUGGGGAACUUUCAGCGGUGGGGAGCUCACAGUGCACAGGUGGCUCAGCAAACUCAGGUAGGCCCCAUGAGUUAGAAAACAAAACCUGAUUGUCUAUUUUUUUUACGAGUUUCUUUUUCUUGUAUUAAUUAAUUUGAUUAAUUCAAUAAGUCUGUGGUCUGGUCGUCGUGUUCUCCACAGUUCAUUAGAUAACGAGUGUAAAUGACUUCAUUAGAGACGUGGUUUUGCUUGUUCAGAAGAUAGAAGAUGGAGUGGCGCCAGCAGACCAGUGUCAGCUGUGCAGACGCUUUCACCGAGGCUCAACGCUGGAUUGAGGUAUACAAUCUAUACUUGUCUUUCAACAUGUUUCAUCACAAGUCCAGGAAUCUGCUGCUAUUUGUGUUUCCUUCCCCCCAUCAUGAAGAUCUGGCCCCUUAUUUACCCUCCUCUUGUGGUAACAUGUUUCCUGUUAGUAGGUGACAGUCAGUUGAGUUCAGCCAUGAAAGAUUUCUUGCCCAUUUUGUUUGUAUCAUUUGGUCUUUGACUUGCUAGAAACAGUUAGUGUUCAGGAGCUAAAACGAAGGCACAUUCAUAGACUGAGGCUAUCUUCAUUUAAAAUGCAAAAAUCACCUUGAUAAGACUCAGGUGAGUAUUUGCCUCCGGACACAGAGCACACUUUGUGAGAAUCUUUUGUGGCUGUGCAGAUAAAAGUGAUAGGACUGCAAGACUAGGGAGUUUCACACAGGAUACACAUAGAGGACAUGCAGAUAUAAAUAGAUAAUGUUUUAAAGAAAAGACUUUCAGGACUAUUCUUCAGCGACUGUCCCCUUGUUGUGCUUGCUCAUGUGUCUAUCUUUUGAUAAGUCAGUUCUCUGCACACAUGCUGUGGUUAGAUGUGAUCAGAGCAUGGCAGACAGGCGGGCUGUUCUCUGCACACAUGAUGGAGGAUGUGGUUUUAAAACAAAUGCAGUUUCUUGGUUACCCCUGUCAAAACACUCGAGAUGAAAUCUUGAAAUCAUAAGCCAUGUUUGCAACUUGCAGAGAGUAGGAGCUGAAUGUUGACCAACUCUAAAUGGAACCAGUAAUGUCGAUUGUGUCUGAGUGGAUCAUUAUGAGAGUUCUGUCCAGGGCUCACUUGGCGCUGAGCCCGUGCCAAUUUUACCCCUCUAUUUUCCUGCACUGAUGGAUGAAAGGUUGGAUGAACACUGAUGAGGUCUGUGUUUGUGUGUAUGGGUGUGCUGAGAGGGAGAGAGAGAGAGUCAGCUGCUUUAAAGGUAAUACUAAAUGGUGUCUUUAGCGUUUCCUUGUGCUACACAAAAGUGAGAAUAUGUUAGAACUAAUGUUCACUGUUACGGAUUGCAGGGUAAUAAGCUUCUGUAUAUAAAAACAUCCACAAAUGGUUACUGUUUAUCAUUUUAGUACUCGCAGCAAAUGCAUUUUUUUUCAGUGCCUGGCUGCUGAACUGGAGUGGUAAUGAGGGACUGGCCUCUUUUACAUCAAGUUAAGAGGUUAUUGAGUUAUUUGUCUGUGAACAGUAGUUAUGAGAGCAAUCUCCAUGUGUUUCGGUACAGUGAUGUACUCCUGUUUCUACUGUCACUUAAUCAGCCAGUCAUCUAACAGCUGACACUUUCAAAUGAGGUCUUAAAAUUAGGUAAAAAGUGCUAGUUAUAACUUCUAAGGGCCCAAAGUGACACAUCCAGUGGUCUUGUUAAGUCCAAUCACCAAGCAAAUGUGGAUAGAGGUGUGAUUUAUCCUCAUAUGUGUCUGAAAGUUUAAAUAGCAAAAGUACAAUGCUAAAAACUAGUACUGAAUGGUUGUAAUGUUUGAGUCCUUGAGUGGCUCUGCUGUGAAAAUUCCCUCAUGGACUGAAAUUGACCUCCUUUAACCAUUGUGCUAGGGCUGGGCGAGAAAACGAUAAAUAUCAAAAAUUAAUUCCCUUCAAUAUCAAUAUAAAACACGGUCAAAAUCCUUUUCGACAGUUGGCAUUCUGCCAUGUUUUGGUUGACUAAACGAAUAGCCAAUGAAAAGGGGAGUUGCUUCGGGUCACGCCACGCUGAGCCAAGCAUGUUUUGAAUUAGAACCAAGUGGCAAACAACUGCGUAGUAGCAGGCUGCAGCUACAUGCAACCAUAGCACUUUAACACGUGAAGCCGACAGCACUGUUGGUGGGGAAAAAGAAAAUGUUUGCUACAUAUUUAAGAUUGACAAGUGAUUUUGUUAUAUCAUGAUACAUAUUGAUAUCUCACCCAGCCCUAUGUUGUGCAUGUGCACAGUUUGUCGCUGCAUCCAGAAAUCAAUUUUUACCAAAGAGGGAACCAUUUUCAGAUACGACCAAGAAAUGCAGCUGACUUUUCCAGGCCUGAGAGACGAAGUUGAAAAAGUGUCCUGGCCUGUAAAAAUCACAAUUAGAUAUUCUUUUCAGAAACCAUGGAUGUGGGGUUUCUUUUUGCUCUGCAGAGAAGUGGGACCACUGCCCUGUUACAAGUCUACAGUUCAAAGACCAGGAUCAACGGGUGCAUAAAUGUUCAAGCAGUUACACAUUUAGGGAGUUACCAUCAACGCUCAAUUGGUUUUAGAGCAACAUUUGCUGCCUUCCAGAUAAUGCCCUUUUUCAGGGAAGACCCUCCAUGGUAGUAGAGUCUGAGUGCACAUGCCUGCAGUCCUGACUAGUCCUUCAUAUCAUGAAAUGAAAACUCCAGAAACUGGUCUCUUUAGUUCCUAAUCCUUUGCAGAGUACUGUUAAAGACGAGGGAAACAUGCCUCUGUCCCAACUAAUUUUAGUGCCUUACCCUAACCUGCUGGCAUCAAAUGAAAGAUAAACGUGUAUUUUUCAUAAAAGAAUUAAAACUUUCCCUUUGCAACAUUUGAUAACAUCAAUAUUUGACAACAGUCUUUGUAUUUUCAGUUAUAAUUGGAUGAUAAUACUCAACAUUUUGGGAAAAACACUGUAGUUUUAGAUGAACGAAUUCAGGAACCUAUCAUCUUUGAGUGUUAUCGCUGUCUGUUAGAUACAAAAAAUACAUAACUAGACAAUUUCUCUUAAGAUAAUUUCCUUUUUAUUUGAAAACAACUGAAGCUCUCCAGAGAUGUUUAUCAUGACAGACAUUUGGCUGAAAUCAAUCUAAUCUGUGGUGACCAGGGCAGCGGUUGUUUAUAGAAGUGACCAAGCACAGCCAUGUUUUGUAAACUAGACAGUAUCUCGACCACAUGAUUGUUUCAUUGUGUUAACCUGGUGUUGCAUUGUUUGUCGAUUCUGCUGUGAAGCAUCCGGUCCAUGCCCGCUGCCCAGAUUCACCAAGAACGAAUAGUGAUGGUGGAUUCCUGGGGGGACUAAUUAGUGAGAAGAAUAGCCUUUUGGGGCCCUGUGUUCGUUGUGGAGCUGAACCUCAAUAGCCCCAUUUUUAUGGCCUCAUUACGGAGCCCUCUUGCCUUGUGUUUGCUUCUGCCGUGGUAAUUCAUUUAGGUGUUGUAUUCCUUGAUUUGCCCAAAAACAUAUUUUCAACUGCGGGGUGGGGGUGUUUGUCCACAUGCAUUUUUUUUUUUAGGCUCAUUGUUUUGCCUGAUAGAUACUUUGUGUUUGUUCUCACACAGAGAUCAUUUGAACCGUAUGCUCCUGCAGCUGUUGGGAGUAUUUAUCAGUUGUACAGACUAAAUUUUAAAAGUUUCCAUCUAUGGUUCAGGUUAUAGGAGUUAAGGGCCGGUUUAUACCCCAUUUGUGACAAGUCAUGGCUUUAUGGCACUUGAUAGUCAAAGCUGAGUUGUACAGAAAGUUUGGGAGAGCAGACUGGAGCAAUGUGUUUGAGAAGUUUGUUGUGAAGUUGCUCUUGCUUUACUUUGUGUACAGUGCCACUACAAAAUUAAGUUUAUUGCAAUAUCACCACUGCAACUAACAAUAUAUCAUCAUCAUUGAUGCUAUUGAUUUCAUGAUUCCUCUUGACAUUGUUGUGUUGUUUAGUAGACCGUGCCCUGCCUGAAUAACUCAUGGAUCAAUAUUUUGUUUGUGUUUUUUUAAGGAGGUGACUGGAAAACCUUUUGGUUGUAACGACUUCCGGGCUGCCUUGGAGAACGGGGUCCUUCUUUGCGAGUAAGUAAUGGCGGUCAAACAGAGGUGUCACUUUUUACUGGUAAAGCCCAGGCCUACAGGAUUAGGGUGACCAUACGUCCUCUUUUACCUGGACAUGUCCUCUCUUUUGGGGGCUGUCCGGCCUUGUCCAGGGGAGUUUAUAAAAUCCUUCAAAUGUCCGGAGUUAGAAGCGCGUAAAAAAAAACACUCGACCCAACCUGAAAAAACUCUUGAAAUUGACUCAGAGACUCCGCCUCGCGUAGUGGUGUCCUCUUUUUGGUGAUUCAGAAUAUCGUCACCCUAUACAGGAUGUGUCAAAAUUAAAAAGCACGAAUAUUAGUGACUGUUGAAUGUCAGUACAACAACUUAAAAAAACAGUAUAGGAUAUUGAUAGCUCAAAAACAUAAGCUUGUUGCUGCACAAGAACAAUGAGGCCUGUAGAGUCAUCUAUACAGAUCAGCACCUUAGCCCAGAGACUAACACUACAAGGCAGCACCAGCAAAUGGCCAGUAUCAUUUGGUUACCCGUCUUUACUAACUCUGGCAGAGAGGUUCACGCUAAGAGGUCCCAAAAAGCUUGUUACUAACUUGAAAAGUCAAUCCAGCAUCUGUAAACUCGCACAUACUGUCGGCACAAUCAUGGAAAAAACUUUGAGCAAAUAAAUACAUAAAACUCUAUUAGAAAAGUCUAUUAGUAAGACUCAUCACAGCUGACAGUUGAGAUAAAAGCCUAAAUUGAAACUUAUAUCACUUUCUCAUUGUUGAUAGAUCCGACUAUAACGACUUCUAUUUAUUUUCUGAAACAGAUUUUCUCUAGUUUAUUCUUGCCUUAAAUCUAAUAUCCCAGCUUCAACAAGCUGAGUGAUAUAAUAUGAAAGCACUCGUAACUUCAAAUCUAAUAAAGACAAGAGGUUGAAGUUUCUGAUGUAAGUCCCUUCUCGUCUCUGUUAAAAUAAGCUCAAUCAGUAUCUGACGUCAGUAUUUUCCAUAUGUAAAAUCACACAAGGAGAAAAUGAAUGUUGUCUUUUGGUGUUUGUCUCUUCCUCCUUCACUCAUGAUCAGCUCACGAAGCUCCACAAUCAAGCAUGUUGAUUUCUCAGAAUUUUCUAGUGAAGUAGUGAAGACGCAGUGUCACUCCUGAAGAUACCACCAAAAAUACCGUUGUUUGAAAAGUUGAUUUUUACAUUCCCUUUUUUAAAUGAGAGGUCUGCUUCUGGAUAAUCACCUAACCUUAAUUUCAUCUGUUUAUGAGACUUGGGCCCUAGGUCUCUAAAUCCACAGAUAUGUGAAUCACUAAACUGGAUUUCUUUGAUUUUCUUCACAGCUUGAUCAAUCAGUUGAAACCUGGAAUCAUUAAGAGAGUAAACAGACUUUCUACUCCCAUUGCUGGCCUGGUGAGUGUUUUUAAAGUACUGACUGUGUGUGUGUGCAUGUGAGAAGGUGGCUGUAGAUAUAAGUCCUGUAGGCAAAUGUUAUAUGAUUGCUUCUGUGGAUAAUAUCAUUACAUAAGAAAAUAAGAGGCACCUGCUAGCCAGGAUGUUUCAACACACUUUUGUGGUUUCCUGUUAAAGGCAGUGAGAGACACAGCGUCGCCGCCACACGCCGAAAGAUCUUGAAACUGCAUUUUAAUGUGCAGAUCCCGCUGCUAAAUAUGUAAAAGCUUCUUUUUUAUUGGUGAUGAAUGCAAAUGCAGAUUUUUUUGUUCUGGCUUCUGGCUGCGUUUGGAUGGCACCAUACAAGUAUAAUUGCUUAAACUGCCCUAAGCAAGGGCAGGUAGAGAUCAAUUGCAGCCUCCCAUCAGAGGGCAAUAAACAGACAGAGCCCUUAACAGCGGGCACUGGAGAUACGGGGAUGGGUGUUGUGAGAGGCAGCGGAGAAUCAGCAGCUCUGUGACAGCAUAAAGGAGCAUGCUGCUGUUGUUGCAUGUUUUAACCUCUCCAAUACUAAUUAAAUUUGCUAAAUGUUUGUAGUGACAUUUACUGGAGGACCACACAGGACUCUCCAUUGAUUUUUCUACCCUUUUUGAAGUCGUCAUUUGAAUAAGUGCAGGCUUAAAAUAUCCAGUCAUCUUUAAAACAUUCAGUGUUACGCUUUGUGUAAUUUGCUCUAAAGUGUGUUGAUGUGCAGAUCUUGUAGUUUGUCUGUUUGCCACCAGAGAAUGCCAAAGCAUUAUCAGACUCGGCCUGCCUUUUGUUUAAGAGUGACCGCGCAGUUUUGGUAAAAUUCAAUUUAACCGUCUUGCAUAUUAAAGAGCUCGAGACACUGUCUGUGCUUACGGUUUUAUUUUUUUUAUUAGCUUUUUGUUAACAGAGCUAGAGCGGGCUGAAGUUGUAUUAACUGAGUAUAAUAUUACUGUCCAUCCUCAGCUGAGCAGGUUUAAUGUUUCCAGACAACAGCCUUUUUUUCAUCAACCACCUACAUUUUCUUCUUACUGACUACUGGUGAUCAGUAUGUCAUGUUUGACAUCUCAAACCUUAGGAGGAGGAGAAAAUAGGAGGAGGACUCUUUACCAUCAUUUUAUUGAAUUAAAUGCAUUUAGUAAAAAUCUGUUUCUACAAGUGGUUUUUCAGGGAAACUGAAUAUUUCUGCUGCAGGUGGUCAUUAAAAUGUUAUCAGAUCACAGUUUUUUAUUCAUGAACAAAACGGUAUUUUGUUGAAUCUUGAGCAUAUGUAAAUGGUGAUGACUCCACAAGCCUUCAUAGAAAAGGUCGGAGCCUGUUUUUUAUAGGUUUCUUGGUGCUUUUUAUUGUAUUUUUUAUUAUUUUUCUGUUCAGGUCUCAUUUCUGUGUUUCUGUAAUGUUCAGGAUAAUGUCACUGUCUUCCUCAAAGCCUGCGGGAAACUGGGACUGAAUGUGUCACAGCUGUUUCACCCAGGAGACCUGCAGGACCUGUCCACUCGAGCUACACUCAGGUCAGCACUUUCCUCACGCCUCAAGAUGUUCACACAACAUUUGAUGAAGUCGUCUGUCUUCAGAAGCCUGCAUGCUUUUUGGACGAGAGCUUUCACUUGUUUGAUAUUCAGAGAGCUCAUCCGCAAUGUAUUUUUGGUGCCUUAUCUAUGCUGAAAGAGGCGUAUAGUUAGGCUGCUUUGCAUUUAUAAAGAUAUAAGGUUUGCUUGACAAGCUGCUGAUUCAUACUAGCUUUUUGCCAGCAUCCUAUAAAAUGUGAUAAAUAGCUGAUCAGUAGAGCUUUGCAAAUGAGAUGGCUCAAGUGUCGUUGUAAGGACUGUCUGUUUACAGUACAAGCUGCACGUUUGUGUUUUAACUUCAUGUGCAGUCGAUCAAAUUAUGAGCAACAUCAGUGUUUAUGCAUUUCAAUUUCUGAUAUUCCUUUUCUGUUUUAGACGAGAUGAAAGCAACAGGAGACUCAAAAAUGUAAGUCUGACCAGGUUGAUUACUUGGUUCAUUCUCUUUGACUUUUGUUGCCAUCAUUUCUAUAUUUUUCUUACCCUUGCUCUUCACGGAAGAGUUUUAAAGGUUAAGGAAGACUUUGGUCUAUUUCUUUAAACCCACUAAAGCACAGUCACAAAAUUUACCGCCAUUCUAUUAGUACCAUGAUCAUUCAGGAUCAUGGUACUAAUAGAAAACAGGGUCCAGGUCCUGAUGCAAGAUUCCAUAAAUCCUCCAGCAACAACAAAAAUUAGAUUGAAUUUGGGGCUCACACUUAUAAUCCAGGCAUCCAAUCAUAGAGAAUAUAGUCUUGUCUCAUAUCACCAUAACUGUGUCUGUAAACUCACUGCUCCAAAUGCAGUAUUUAUGUGUGUUGAACAUGUGAGUCCUGAAUUUGUACACGCUUGUGUGCACUGCUGCUAUUUAACAUGUUCCAAAGCUGAUGAGUUUAUCUGGAAAGCCUCAUUUGAAUCACACAAUAGCUGAUAACGUGGACCCAGUAAUGAGGCUGUUCAUCAGAGCUCUCUUUCUUUAGAGCGGGUGUUGCCGUUUUCUUUUUCAUUCACCAAUUAGGGUCAAUUUGCAACAAACAGAAUUCAGUUUUUUUGACAGCUCUCUGACCAGAUCUGCAAAUAAUUAAAACAGAGUUGUUAAAUAAUUAACCACAAUUAGUUUCAAAGUAGAACUGAGUGUGUUUUGCAGGAUUCUUCCUUUUUUUAGCAGAGGUGAAAGUAGAUCUCCUUUCGUGUGCAUGUAUGUUUUGGUAUUUUGUGUCACAUUUAGGAUUUAACCACAGUGUUCAACCUCAGCGAAGAAAACUUUUGGAUCAGUGAUGCCUAUUUUGAAGAAGAUCUCAAGUUUUCUGUGAUGUGCUAGUUAUACAUUUUCUGCAGCAAAAGGACAUUGUUUACAAAGUUUUAGUUUUGAAGAGACAGAGCUUUUACAAGUUCUUUUUUUAAUAAGACAACACUCACAGAGUUAUAUUCUCUCUAGAUAAUCUCUAAAGUUUAAACCCUUUUCAUGCAACACUGAUGUUAACUAUUGUUGACAGGACCUGAUGAGUGAUUUCUUCUUAAUCUCCUGUGACUGAAAGGAUGCUGUUAAAUCGGGUUGACCUGUGAUGAUCCACUGCAUGCUGCGUGGAGAUUUUAUGGCGUCAUGUAACUGAUGAGCUUUUAUUUUGGUCGAAAGCACAAAAAUUGAAUUUUUCAGUGUUCAAAACAAGCUUUUAUUUAGUAUGAUGUAUAAUGGAACAAACCAGUUGAAACCAAUGUGUGCGUAUUUGCACAUUAUAUAUAUCGAUGUAUCGUCUUUUUACGUUUGUCUGUGUUUCCUGCCAAGGGACUAUGGAUGUAAAUUAGUAACUUUACUAACCCUGGCAUAUUUUCAUUUGUAUAAUUAUUCUUAUGUGCAUAAAUGUGCUCUGUCCCUGUCUAAUUGCCAUCAGCAGCUCAAACAGGAUAGUAACUGACAGAUAGUGGAUCUCAGUUCAACAUCUGUGCAGAACGAAAGGACAAUAAGUAGAACUGUGAAAUAAUGUCUGUAUUCAGUGGAUGUUUUCUAUUGACCCUCAUCAUACAGACACUCAUGAGGCAUAAAUGGGAAUCUAUUAAGAUUCAUUCAUUUCCGUUUUGAAAUUCUUAUCCAUUCAUCAAGUAGCAUUGGUUAAAUAUUACAUCAAUUCCAUCAUCUCUCAAGGCCUUUCAUGGAUUUUUUUAUCUGACUGCUCAGUGAUGACUUUGUUAAGAUACAAAUUGAGCGCUACACAGGGAUGUCCAUGGCAGCGCAUAUCAGGAUUUCUCUUCCAGGGACAAAACCAGGCCUUCAAAAACCGUCCCUAUCCACCUCGAGGCAAAUUAGAAGUGAAUCCUGUCUAAAAAUCCUCGCUUGCUGAAAUAUUAUCACAUUGAAUAUCAGUUUGGUGCCCACAUUUCACAGACUGUUACCGUUGUUGCUUCUGGUUGCUUCACAGAGUGUCAGCUGGAGGAUUCAGGGUUUUCAUCUAGCCCAUGAAAUUUUGUACAGACAUUUAUGGUCACGAAAGCAGCCCUUCCCAAAGAUGGUCAGACAUUUACAGAUCUGGGGGGUGCGAAUACAUGAGGGUAUUUUUUCAUUGUUUUCCUUCAGUCUCUAACUUAUGAUCCACUGCAGGCAAUAUCCCUUUUAAAUAGAAGCAUGUUUUUCACAAUACAGGAAAUAAAGCAACCCAAUCACUGGGCAACAAGAAGAUCAAAGUAGAAAGCCUAAGUCAUUUUUAAAGGGAUAUUUUGGUGUAAAAUUAAUUUAGGGUCAAACACACCAUAACACAGAGUUAGACACUCCCUCGAGAGAUGAAUGUUGCUGACCACUUGCUUCUCUAGUUAUUCCAACUUUAGUAACGACCGCAUGAUAGCAAUACACAGCGAUCUCAGGAUUCAUGCGCUCAACCAAAACGCCACUCUAUAGCCACAAAUAAUGCUCAGAACAGCACCUAAUUCAUCAACAGGACAUAUAGGGUCCCCGCCACAGUACUAGCUAACAAACAUCUUUUUAACUUUGCCUGAUUUCUUCAGCAAAGAGACUAAACACAACUCACCUACUCUCUUCCAGCAGCCACUUGUUUGUAGAAGGACCUUGAAAGAGUCCAUCACCGACUGCAGCGGGGUGACACAGCUCAAGGAAGAACAUUUAUGAUCAUUACUUUAUCAUUUCCUUGAAGUAAUAAUGACCAUAUUAAUAAUUUUGCACUGCAGACGCGGUAGUUCUUCUGCCUUCCAUGAAGAAAUGAUCAUUAAUGUUCUUCCUUGAGCUGCGUCACCCCGUUUGCAGUUGGUAAUGGACUCACCCAAGGUCUCCGUACAAUCAAGCUGCUGCUGGAAGAGAGUAGGUGAGUUGUGUUUAGUCUCUUUGCUAAAGAAAUUAGGCAAAACUAAAAAGAUGUUUGGUGGCUAGUGCUGUGGCUGGGACCCUAUAUGUACUGCUGAUGAAGUUAGGUGCUGUUCUGAGCAUUAUUUGUGGCUAUAGAGUGGCUUUUCGGUUGAGCACAUGGCUCCUGAGACCGCUGUGUAUUGCUAUCCUGCGGUCAUUAUUAAAGUUGGUAUAACUAGAGAAGUAAGCGGUCAGCAACGUUCAUCUCUCAGCAGGUGUCUAACUCGAUGUUAUGGUGUGUUUGACUCUAACUUAACUUUAUGCUGGAAUAUCCCUUUUUAAGAUGUGAUUUUUUUUCUCUUAAGAUGAACACAAACAGGGUUAUUUACAGCCACUGUAUGUAUUUACCCCAGUUGGAAUGCAUGUUUUUGGUGGGAGGGUCUUAACAGAAUUAAAAGGCAGCAGAGGGAGAAGCAGGAGGGUUAUGUUGGAGUAUGUUGUGUUCUGCUGCUUUGAUUUUGUUUACUCAAUAUUACACCUGCCAUUCCAGCAUCGAAGUAGAAAACCGUUUUAUUUAUUUAUACUUGACUUAUGUCAAUCAUUUUUCAGGUUUUGAUCACAAUCUAUUGGUUGGGUCGUAAGGCUCACCUGGAUGCAUUCUACAGCGGCCCUCAGCUCAACUUCAAGGCCUUUGAGGGGCUGUUAGGGUUGGCUCUGUCCAAGGUAAGCUCGUUCUUCUGAGCCCUUAAAGACGAUCCUUUUUAUCCGUCUCGUCUGCACUAACGCUUCUCUGUUGAUCAAGGCUCUAGAUGAAGGUGGUACAAUGUUCAGAGACAGCUGGGACCAAGAGAAAGAAGAAUACAUGAUGCACAAGAGGCCGAACUAUAAGAUGGAGAAUUCUGUGGACAGUGUGGACUCUCUGGACUCCCAAGCCCUCCGUCCAAACAGUGAAGGUGCCUCCUCUGAUUCAGUAACUUAGAAGAAACAAAAUACUGAGGAUCAAAGAUAAAUUUAUGUCCAUUGGGGGAGUUUUGCAGCCUUUUAAAUAAUUUGCGAGUCGUUCAGUUCAGUCAAUAGUGAUGUUUUUUUUUUCUUUUUGCUCCAAACAUCGUUAUUAUGCAGUGCUCGUCUCUGUAGUUCUGUCUCUUCCUUGUCUAAGUGAACUUUUUCAUUGAUUCCUUACAAACAGCUUUGGCUGGGCUUGAAGACAUCUUUCUCUUGAAAAUCAUUUUGUUUCUACAAUCCAUCUGCUCCUGCCAAUCAGGAAAAAAAAAUCAACUCUGACCCGACUCCGUCAUUCAUACUCAAUCCAUUUGAACUGAUUUCCUCGGAUCAACAUGGUUCUGAAAACUGCUGAUCCUCUGACUCAUUCUGUCAUUACUCUGCACUCUGCCGCACUCGCUCUCAGUGCACACAAGUGAUAAAUGGUAGCAAGUCUAACACCAGGGUGAUGGAAGAGGGUGAAAUAUUUGACACAUGGCUCACUGGAGGCUUGUCUGUGUGAAGACUCAGUCCUCCACUGAAGGUUCUCCUCUCCUCUCCUCUUGUCUAAAAGUUUUUUUACUUUUUCACUUUUUUUUCAGCUCAAGUUUUCCUCUGCACGAUCUCCAACUUGUGUCAUUUCUGCAGCUAUAAUUUAUCAUCUUUGUGCCACCUUCAAGGUUGUGGAAGUGACGCAGAGGCCGAGCAGGUGUUCAAGAUGGAGUCCUCGCAGCCCUCAGCACAGCAAAACAAAGGUUAUAAUCCUCCACCUCUCCUACAGGGAAAACAAGGACAGGAGGAGAAUGGAGUACUUGCCAGGUACUGCAGAUGAAUUACUUUUUCUUUUUCCUCAGAGUUCACUCGCUGCUUUUUUCUCACUCACGUUAAGCUGCGAAAGGACUUUAAGAAGUGAAUGUUUGUGUGAUUAAAACCACUCCAUUCCUUCACUUGAAAUGUUUUAUCUUUUGUUUGUGCUGUGCUUAAUCCUCAUAACCUUGCUAAGUAGAAUUUUUACCACACAUAACGAAAGAGAUGAUUUUAUUCCUGUAUCAAGUCAUCGUAAGAAACAUUACCAGGAACAUAAACAGGUUAUCAGCAAACUUGUGUCAGCCAGGUAGUGAUGGGCACAGCAGUGCUUAAAAAUGAACUGAAUCACUAGAAUCAGUUCACGAAAAUGAUUCGUUCAAAAGAUUCAUUCACCGAAUCACCAAAUCAUUCAGGGCUUGGCGGGAGGAGCCUGCGACUCCGACCUCCUGAACUGAUCCACAUCUGAACAGUUCAGGAUUCAGUUCAAUUCAUAGCUUCUCGGACCGGGAGAUGAGAGUGUUUGGCUGUGUUGAUUUGGCAAACAGGUUUGUAAAAAUGAACUUCUUUAUAAGUCAUGAUAUUUUAAGUGUACUGUCCUAUGGUGUGUUAUUUAUCAGGUUUAAAUUGGGGUCAGUGAGUGAACUUUUAGAAGAAUUUACGCUGAACAUGCUCCAUUCCCUUGCAAAUCGCUCCAAUGAUAGGAUGCUGCAGGUUUUAUGCACUACCUUGUUACAUGCUGUGUCCUAUUGCAUGAAGUUGUUGUGGCGGCACUUUAGCAGUAAAAAAAUGUAGUUUUCUCAGACAAAAAUGAUUCCAGAGAGUGAAGUUCAAUGCGUGAUUCAUUUACCAAGUGAUUCAGGCGUCGUUGCAUGCAGUCCCUCGUUCACCUGGCAAUGCUGCAUGCUAUAGCAGCUGCACUUCUGACAGCUCAACUGAAGCGAGAAACAAAUGAAUCACUUGAAGAAGUGAUUCGGUUCAGUAUGUUCACUUAAAAGAUUUGGUUCUUUUGAACGAAUCGUUUGCGAACGACACAACGCUACAGCCAGGUUCACAAGUUCAUGUUUGUGUGUAAGUUCAGCCUGGUUGUAUUAGAGGUGCCAUAGGUCUGUGAGUAAUGUCUGAUAUUAUGAUCAACAUACCCAAUAAUACAAACACUUCUUUCUUGUUUUGAUAGUAACGAUAUAAAGUUCUUUGAUGACUGUUUUAUAUCGAGUGCUCUCAGCUGCUAACACCAAACUGAAGCUCGGUCUCAGUUGUUUAAGAUGAGCUGGCCUCCUCUGUACAAGCUUCUGUCAUACUGUGGUCUUUAUGCAGUUGUCCUCUCGUUACCAUAGUAACAUUACUCUCAAGAUCAUCUCAGGGUCUGUCUGGCAGCAGUACUUCAGCCGUCUCCUCAGUCGCUGUGGGUCAGAUAUGUGCUCGAGAAACGGCGCGGCCUUUAUUCAUUCAGAGAUGAGUGUGCAAUAUUUGAUGAAGGCCAAGGUGUUCGCAGCGAUCUCUGCUCUCAUCUUACUAAUUCAGCGAGAAGCUGCUGUGUAAAGAAUUUUGAAUGUCAGCACUCCUCAUUGCUCUGGUAUUAUUUCACACUACCAGCUACCUCACUGCUUGGAAAUUUAACAGCAUGAAAUCUGAAUCUUAUCAUCCAAAUUCAGCAAAUCUUCACACAUGCAUUAAUCAAAUCAUCAGACAUGAAUAUUUUGAGGCAGAUUUUUUUCGCUGUGACAUCCUCUUUCCCCUUGUAAGCAGUUGUGGGUUUACCAUUCUUUGCUACAGCAUCGAAGAGGUUCCCAUCUCCGCUCAAUCUCCCCUCGCUUUGUUUCCCACUGCGUGCUCCACCGAUGAAGAUAUUUCCCUACAAGCUUUACGUGACGAAGACUCCGAAGAUGAUUAUACUGAUGCCGACCCAGUUCUGGAUGACUUGUAUUCCCGUCGAGUAAAGCAGACCCUUCAUCAGACUUCCACCAAUCCACACUACGGCCGCUUCUUACCACAAUAUUGGACACCUGAAGAGGAGACACGUGUGCGCACAAUCUACCGUGGCUCCCAGAAAAGACUUUGGUAUCAUGAAAUGCAGAGAUUAAGGUCUGUUUGCUGUUUUUCUGCUGCUCGAUGACGCAACGAAGUGAAAGCAAAACUAAUGCUGCAGGUUUGCUUAAUUCUUAAAGACCCACUCCGAUGAAAAUCAUGUUUUUCUUGUUUUUUUAUGAAUUCACAUGGCAUUUUUCUGAUGCUACAGGACAUUUCUGAGUAUUUCUUCAUUCAAAUCGCUGUGAAUCUCUGGCAGACCCAAACGGCAGGUUCAGGUACAGUGAGAUUUCAUAUGUAACCAAUCCAAGCUCCGCCCCCGGAGGCUAUGCAGGCCACACUCUGUAUAUAGAGGAGAAAUACAGAGGAUACAUACAUAAUACAGCGGAUUGCAAUGCUUGUAAGAAAGCUAAUUAUGAUAAUAUAUUUCAUUGUGUCGCUAAAGACGUUAGUGUCCAACAGUUGAAUAUCUCCUUUGUUACCUGCCACUUCUGCUGCAUUGGCUAGCGUGAAGAUGAGCAUGCGGAGCAGCGCUGUCUCCGCCCACGACUCAGAGGUGAAUUGCUAAUGAUCUACUGGAGCUCUGCAGAAGAAAAGCCCUUGAAAACGACACAAGUAAUGCGAUUUUUGGUAAAAAUGCCAUAAUCACGAUUUAAAGACCACUGAGAGUACUUAAAGUAGUAAAAAAUAUGAUCGGAGUGGGACUUUAAUGUAAAAGCUGUCGACUAGUUGCUCAAAGUCAUCGAUGCAUGGCUGAGUUUGCAGGCUGGAAUCUGACUUACUGACUGGAUCUUUUACCGUGUGAUGCCAAAGUAAUCUCUGCGUGGUGUGAUAGUUGACUUUCUUUGUUGGCGAAUGCAAUAGUUUGUCAAGUCAGGCUUUGAAUCUGCAAAAACUAUCUAAUGUCUAGAUUGCAAGUUAAAACAACAGAGCAAGUUAGGGCUGGGCGAUAUGGCCUCAAAUCAAUAUCACAAUAUAUUGAGCAGUUCACCUAAAUUAAGAUAAAUAGACGAUAACUACUCCACAAGCUGCUCACCCCCUCCCACAUUAACUUUGUCUACUUCAGCUGCCGCUCCAACUUAUGAACCGUCCUCCAUCUCCUCACCUCUCUUUCAUUUUUGUUAUGGACUUGAUGGGGUGGAGUCACGUCUGCGAUGUAGGACAGGAUCUUCAAGGGACAUGAGACCAUAGCCUAUCUUCACAUAUCCAAAAACAACUUUCAUUUAUUUCUAUUUUGACACUGAAUAUACCGACAUGGGCAAAAUGACGUUGGUUAUUGUCGUAAAUUUCGGUAACGGUAAAUUUUUGGUUUAUCGCCCAGCCCUAGAGCGAGUGCUGCUAAACCCGUGUACCUCAAAACCUUUCAAAUGUUCUCCUCUCCUGUUCCCUUUUCUUUGACUGCAGCCAUAAAGCGAUGAGUUCCUCUGAGCAAGAGUUGGAUAUGGAUUUUAUUUCCUGGCUUGCGAUGUCUGCUAGCGUACGAAACAUCCCUGCCACAUCUGGAGAGCCUCGAAACAACUGCUCAGAAACCCUCUCAUAGCCAGGGACACACACUCACACACAUGUCCAUGAGAGCCAUACCUGAAACACACAUGCAUCAAUGUUCAGACUGUUGAAUCAGGCUCUAACACAUUUCUACUCAUUAUGUCUUGUGUAAUGGAGUCAGUGCACCUGUAAUUUUUGCAUUUUCCUAUCGUAUCAACAAACCAAAUUGAGUGAAGGUGUGACAAUUUAGCUGUUAAUGACGUUUGCUGAAGAGAUGUUUUGUUGCAAAGUUUUUAGGAAAUUAAAAACGUGUCUAAUUUGUGUGGUUGCUGAUUAAUGUUCCCCCAAGUACAGCCUGUCUCAUUAUCAGCAUUCAUUCUGCCACCUUUUGUGGUUCACAUGACGUGAGGACGUUUUAGCUGAGUGAUUUAUUACUUAAUACAAAUUUGACAGAUGACUCACGUUGUCGUACUCUGACGGCCGUAACUUUUUAUUUUUAUCACCUUUUACGCCAGCACAGAUGCUUUCUGCAUGAAUAAUAUGAGUGUAUAAAUAGUGUGUCAUAGUGGAUUAAAUAAAACAGCAAAAACAAAGUGGGAUUAAAUUGAUUCUUUAUUCCUGGAUCUUCUGUUUGUGAUGCAGGUUAGUCUGACAGCUUUUAUUUUUUUAUUAUUUGUGAUUUAAAUGAUUUUUUUUUCUCUGAAACAAGGUGCUUUUGUUUUAUUUAAAUUUUAGAAAUAUUAUGAUGUUGAUCAGUCUGUGUACUUCUUUUUGGUUAUGUAGGGCAUAUCAUAUCAAGGUCAAACCUGAGACACCAGUCCAGGUCAACCCUGGCUGGAUUUGGUAAGUCCUAAAGUUCUGGGUCCAGUACCUGGUGCAACAGUGUGUGGGGCUUGGGUCUUGCUGCUUUGCCUUUUUUUGCUUUAGUUUGUAUUCACCUCACACUAGAGGAAAUUGGCCUGCAAACAUCAUUUGUCUUUUCAUAAAGAUGGAGCACUUCGUGUACCUCCCACAAAUGAUUUCUGGGCAGAGACGUGACGGUAGAAUUUAUGACGAGCUGUAGGAUUGUUUGUUGGCACGGUCCUGGUUCCUCCCAUCAAAUGAUGUCACAGUCCUGAUUUACCACCUGCUAACGGCAGCUGUAAGUUACUUGAAUGUCACAUCUGACAUCCUCUGGUGCUCACUGCGGUACUAUUUCUUGUAACAAGUCAUGGCUGUUGUGCUAUCCAGACAGCAACAUCUGUCGCCGUUGUACCGCAGCGUUACUCGGCUCGAGUGCUCCUCGCUGCUGCUCACACUAUGUGCUAAGGAUUGUGUUGUUUGGGUGCAAAAUGUGCCACGCUGCAGCUGUAAAUACUGGAACGUGCUGAUCUGUCAUGUAGCGUGUGUUGGUUUAAAAUGGCAUGUUUGUGUGAUUCUAAUCCAAUUUCUAGCAUUCGUCAUUCUUGCUACUGCGUGGGGCUGCUAGAGUGAGAUUUUUUACAUCAGUGUCUUUAAAUAUCAUCUGUUUUUACUCUAUGUAUUCAUAUUUUGCAAUCAUAUCUGACUCUUUUAUUCAUUCUAACCAGGAGCAAAUCACUGAGUGACAUCCCAAUGGUGUACCCCGUGCGGAAAGCUCCUGAAGGGCACACCAUUUAUGAUCACGUAGACCAGAAUGCUGGCCUCGCACAAGAGUGGGAUCAAGAAAACAAGCGCAAAUGUAGCGUCGCUGCCAAGGACAGUGAAGCCCAGUGGCAGGAUGUAGGUGUUAAAACACGAAUUUGACAAAUAUGUGGUCCAGUUUCUUCAGCAGUAGAAGCUCAUCUUUUUGGAUCACAAUUCAAUCAUCUAAAAAGAAAGGUGCUUCAUUAGAUUCCUUUUUUUCCCAGGACUUGACGAAGUGGAAGAACCGCCGCAGGAGCACUAAGUCUGACUCACGAAGGAAGUCCCAGGAUAGAGAGCAUGUCAUUAGCCAGAUGGUCAAUGGGGUCGGGAGUACACUUGACAGAAAUGGAGCACAAGGUGGACUGCUAAAGAGGUACGCUUCCACUACAAAUGGGAAAAAAAACCUUUCCCACUUCCACACUGUGUGCUUCCAAGAGUUCAUAUGGUGACUGCUUGAGAAGCUGCUGAGCUGGCUUCAUGGGUGUUGAAUGUGCUAAUGUAAUAAGACACCAACACCCCUCACCUCUCUUCUCAUCUCUUCUGCUAACUAUUAUUACAUCGCCUUUCUCCCCUUACCUGCCAAUUCCCCAGAGACCAGCAGUCACCACGCAGACACAACCCUGCCCCUUGUCCUUACUCCGCCCCCCCUUCAUUCAAAUCCUCGAGCUUGGACCUGAAACCACGUACGCGGGCUUUACUGGCCCGCAGCUACGCCACUGAGACACCCGACAGCCCGACAGCUCCACUCAGCACUCGUACCCCAACCUGCAGUUUGGUAAGUCUCCAGUUUUGAUCUGUGUGACCUCAAUGUUCUUUGACUGUAUGUCUGGUUGUGUUGUGGUGGAAAUACCAGUAUGAACUAUUAUUAUUACAGGAGAUAUUAUUCAGAUGCAGAAACUAUGUGACACACAUAAAAUACUUUUUACUUUUAGGGGUCAUCAGGUGGAUCCAUGCCUGCCUCUGACGGAAUCAUCUUAGGAGAGGUGACCCACUUGGCCUCCCUAGCUUCGGAUGGAACAAGAGUUACCACACCUUCCCCUGACUGUCCUUUCAGCUCACAGACCCCCACCAGAGCCCAAGGCUGCAUGGAUUCUGUCCAGUCCACGGCUGAAACAGCCCAGUCCAACACCAACAUUGUCUUCACAAACCAAAUUUCCACUCUAACCACAACUCUCCAGGCAGUCAAGCCUGCAGAGUUGACCUGCACCAGGGUUUCAUCCUCCAUUGCUUCCAAAGUUCCUGCUCCUUUCCCUCAUGUGGUCCAUCACGCAGGAGCUGAUCCUCUGGCGGACUUGUCCCAUCAGAACCAUGAGCCUCAGAAAGAGAGCCAGAAGACAUCUUGUGAACCAGCUGUGGAGACAGGUCAAGGCCAGCAGGAUACAGGCAGUUACAAGUUUUACUCCAGACCUGGGUCUUGGUCUGGCUCUGCCAGCCUGCCUCGUGGAUACAGAAGAUCUGAAGGCUCAUCCCGUCUCUCCUCUGCGAUCACGGCCAGACCGUUUGGGAGCAAGCAGUCUAGACUGUCCUCUCUGCCAAGACUGUGCAAUGUAAGUAUAAAUCAGGGUUCCUACGCAAGUAUGGAAAUCAAUUUGAUGGAUAUCCAGGUCUUUUAGAAGUACGGAAAAUGAAAAAUAAACAAUGGAAAAAUAUUUAUGUUUCUAGACUAUUACCACAGUUAUAAAAUACUGUUUUCUAAAAUGCAAAAGUAGGUAUUUCUAAAAAUUGUACCCUGUAUAACGGUCAGCAGAACCUUUGUGCUGUUGUCGUGAGAAAAAAUGGGAAUGGCGUGCGUGUUGUGCAAUGAUUUAAUUUUAAUUGUAUGAACAUCCCAUCUGGGCAGCCCAUCCCCAUGAUUCAUUCAGGCGAACUGAAAAUGUGUCCAACUUUUUAGUCAAGAUCCUUUCAAAACGCUCCUUAUUGCUGCGGUGGAUCUGGGAGCACAGAGUAAAACAGUGGCAGGGGUUUUGAAAAUUGAAGUUUAGUAGCGCUCCAAGAGCCCUGAAGCUUUUGUAGUAGGAAGAUAUACCACCUGCCAUUUUUUAAUUUUAUGGUCCAGACAGUGUUUGGUUUAUUGGACAUUUGGUGCUCAGAAGUGUGCACAGGGACAGAGGGACUUGUUUAGUUAGUGUAAUGGGAACUUUGUGUGUGUGUGUGUGUGUGGGUGGAGGGGUUUCCAUGUGAGUGUGCUACCCUCGUUAUCUUACAUCACUCCCUUCAUUAAUAAUAGAAAUGCUGCUGCGCUGUUUUAAACAGUGUCGACUGAAUGCAAAAAACAUGUUUUAUUUUUGCAGAAGUGCACCGGCUAUAGAUAUUCUGUACCAGCGUGCCAGCGACAUUUAAAGGUUGCAGAGGGAAUUGUGCAGUCACAUGUCACCGUGUCGUUACUCUGAGUACAAUCUGUCUUUAUUUAUCUCCAGGUAGACAACAACCAGGGUCUGCUGCUGAAAUGUGAGAAAGAGGAAUAUCUUUCUCCGCCUGCUGAAUCUUCACUCAAAAGACAAACCGCCUCUGCACACCUGAAGGGUCAGUUGCAGACUGCUAUCACAGAGAGGAAAGAGACACAGGUGAAGCCGGAUGGCAAAGAUCAGGGGACGGGAGUGAAAGGUGCUGCUCUUCCAAACCAGAUCCCACAGACUAAUGGUUAUCACCACCAGACCUCCAGCCAAACCAAGCUACUAUCAAACCUGCAGGCCCACCACAACAAAAGCUCCACCCCUUCUCCUAAUGCAGCCACUGAUGGCCCAAAGGUAUGUUUGUACUAUCCUUCAGCACACAUGGUGACAGGUAUGCUUUCACUGCAGAGCUUGUAUGACAAUAUUUUUUGAAACUUGUAUUUAUUUUAAAUCAAACUACCAUCUUUACAUUAAAGAGUGGAUAAAUCUGUAUUUUUCAGUGGAAGACCAAAAAGCUGCAGCUGUCGAAACAUUAGUAAAAUAAUGUACAGCAAUAACAGGUCAUCAGUACACAUGCAAACUCAGCGGGAACCCUCAUUGCAUGCUCGACUUUAUUGCUCACAAAACCUUAUUGUUUAUCAGCGUGAAUACUUACAUCUUCAAGUGAUGUAAUUAUGAAGCCAAAGUUUACAUCCUGACAGGAUCUUUGCUCGCAUGUAUCUCCACUUUACUUAGGUAGUGUUUUUCCUUGCACCUUUUCUCUGCAGGGGUAAGUGAUAUAUGUAAAAAGAUACUGAAUUCUGUUUUUGUGGGCUAGUUCCCACUAUUGUGCAAGCUAACCUUCAUGAUUUGAAGAACUUAAUCUGCUGUAAGUAGCAAUUUCAUUUUACUGCUUUGCUUUUACUAUUUGGUGUUUUGUGGACAUCACGUUCUGGUUCCCAGCUACAGCUGCUCGAUCACAGCAAAAUUCACAAUUAUGAUUGUUCUGAUUGACAUUGAGAAAAUAAUUAUCAAACAUGAAUUAUUCCACAUCUGCAUCAGUGCAUUUACAUUCCAAAGCAUGCCUGUCUUGCCUAAACAGUAUAUUAUGUUUACCCAAAGCAUGAGUCUGAGAACAGUUGAGUCAUAUUACUGAAAAAGACCAUCCAUCAAUUCUUCACUUCACUCUAAAAGCUUUAAUUAAGUUUAGGUGGCUCCAUUAAUGUCAGACUUUCACUUAUCGUGUAGUAUUUUAACACUGUGCAUGAUAAACCGAAGGAUCUGUGCUUCAUUGCCCUCACUUUUAUCAUAUAAAGUUUUAUAUCUUUCUCCAAAACCGACCAGUCUUGAUUUCAGGUUGGGGCUUGCAGUUGUAUUUUGGUUUGUUUAUCAUUAGAGCCUCUCGUUUGCUAUGCUUGCUUGGUCCUUUGGCUUUUCAGACAAACCUGCCUCCCCCGUGCUCUUCUCCCUGCUCCUCUUUUCUCCACCUGUGGCUGCAUGAUAGACAUAUGUUGAAUAUAGGGACUUUGACAGUAUCCACAACUUCCUUGUGCUUCCAAACUCUGUUGCACAUCAAUCUAAGCUCAUGAUGAGGUGAAAGCUGUGUGAUGGAAGAUGUGAAGGGCUGUGCUUCAUUUACCCUACAGGACAAGCGCAACAGUAUAAGCAGCACGUUUAUCAUCAAGUCUUGAUCAUGAUCAUGGGAACCUGUCAUGGGCUACUUCCAAGCAGUAUACACUCCCCAAUAAACUCUCAGACGCAGUUGAUUCACCUCUUCAAGUUUACUGAGGAAUCUUGUGAAACUGAAAUGAUACAGUAACAUAUAAAACAAUGAGUUACAGCUUACACACAAACAAGCAGUAGAGCUAAGCUACAUUAGCUUUAGCCGUUAUAAUCACAAACGAGCUAGAAUGCCGCUAGCAACGAAAAACAUGAAGCUAACUUCGUGUAGCAUUAGCGAUUAGCGCCAUAGCCGUUUUAACAACUUAAUUACACUUAAACAACCUUCAUCUUAAUACAACAACACAACAACGUAUGAACACUUACAGACGUUGCAUGGACUAGAGGGAUGAAAACGGAGGAAAGGAGAGGAGCUUAGAACUGAACAACUGACGGACCUCGCGAAUCUGCACUCAAUAACUUCCGGUUUCUCGGUGACUCGCCGGCUACGUGUUGCCAUGGCAACGUGAUGUAAACAACUCACACUAGAGCGCAAAAACACUUCAGUAAGACGCAUUCAAGCAGCACAACACACAUUCAAGCAACAUUACAGAACCCAUUAUCUUAAUUUAACAGUAUGCUCUUAAAAGUUCUUAAAUCGGUGAUAGCAUUUUAUCUUCAUAAUACAAAAAUACAUUUUUGGCCAAUUUUAGGAUUUCUGUUAUUCAGUAUGUAAGAUUUCAUCAAAAUGUGGCUGAAGGAAGGAUAGUUUGCUUCAAUCAGGACCACUUUCAACAAAAAAUGAAUCAUUAUUUCUGUGCAUUGUUAUAUAUUCGGUGGUAUGGCUUUGUUUUGAAAGCUCCAUGUCUUAUCAUGAAAAGCCAAGGCAGGGAGGUCAGCUACAAGGACCUCAGGGAGCAGAACGGAGCAGGCAUGAGUGACUACACCUAUGACACUGGUAAAAUCAGACAGAGCGAGAAAAGGUGGAGCUGGGGUAGAGGCUGUUUGCAGAGGAAGCAGCAGCAGAAGAAGAAGGCGGGUCAAAGCAGUUUAAAUGGGAAAGCUUGUUUUGACCUUUUGCUGAUUAGAUGUGUAGAAAGCAAUCAGCUGAGCCGUCAGCUGAUACGGGCUGGGAUCAGCUGACAUACUGUGUGCUGAGCUUGACUGUGUGUCUUGCAUAGACUAAUGCCACACACAAGUAAAACCUAAUUAAAUCUGUUUUUGUUUUCAGAGAUGGAGGUUUAAUAUCAUUUAUUGUAGGGCAGCUGUUAUUAUUGAACGUGCGCGCGUUUGAUAAACUGGUCUCUCUGUGUCCCUGUUUGUGUAGCACUCCUUCAAAGUAUCUGGUUUCCGUCAGGAAGUACGGGACAUUGGAUCACAGGGUGUCACCUUUUCUGUGUUUCAGGUGGAUCACAGUGACAUGAGAGUGAGCCUUACUCUCAAACCCAACAGCAGACCAGACUUUGGCUUUCAGACUCAUUGGGACUCCACUGGAGUGAGAGUCAAAUUCAUUCAAGCAGGUAGGACUUGGAGAUUCUCUUGAUUAUUAUUCAACUGAAGUUUUGCCUCAUUAAUAUUUGCAAUCAUUACUAACGGCUAACGUUGGUGUGACAUUGUAACGUAUAAUUAAGACAUUUAAGGUACAGGCAUUGUGCAUUGUCUCUAAAAGAAAUCUUCCACAGAUGUCGCUGUUGACAGAGAAUACAGUUGACGAAUCGUCACCAUCAAAUUUCUGAUGUAAAGCACAGCAACACACCUCAUGUGGCAGGAAAAAAAUGACAGAAAUGAUUGUUUUAAUCAUGCCGUCCAUCACCAGCAAAGUAGUCUCGGACAUCAUUACUUUAAGUCACUUCUAAUGUGCAAAACUACCUCGCUAAAUAUGCCUAAUGGUUUAUAAUGACACCAUGAAUACUUGAGCAGACCUGAGAUGGUUUUUCUCACUUGCUUGCUGCCGCUCAGUUCUGGCUCGCUGGCCUUUAUUUCACCCCAGAACAGUUAGCUCGGAUUCAGUGUCUGCAGCUUGUUUCUCAGCUCGUGUCGAACAACAAUUUCUGGAGUGGCUACUUCUAUUUAUUUCAUAAUCUCAUGUGUCCUUUUCUUUUUUUCAUUUUUUUCCUGACACCUGUCUCUCUCUCCUCAGGCAGUCCAGCAGAGCAGUGCCAGCUGUGUGUGGACGAUGAGAUCCGGACUGUUAAUGGGGCUGCAGUGGCACACAUGAACUACACCCAGUGGAAGGAUAAAAUGACAUCUUCCCUGCAAACUGGCAGCCUGACCAUGGAUAUUCGGCGCCAUGGCAACAAGGGUGAGAUAAUGAGGCAAAGAGGAGGAUUUUUGCCACCUACUGAAGUUGUAUAUCAUAAUUUAACCUUUAACUCAUAACCGGCGGUCACAAACAUUGGUAUACAGCAAGGCUGGAGUUCAUGAUGACUGGUUGUUUUCAUUAGAUUGGAGCAUCAGUGAAGGGAGUCAUUGCAACCAGCCAGGCCAGAGCAGGAUGACCCUCAAUCUGACCACAGCAGCACCAGCUCUGAUAGGUUGCCCUGAUCACCAUUCCAACAGUGGUGCCUCUUCUGCCACCACAGCCAAAGCGUCAAAAUUCAGUGGGCAGACUGACGAUGUGAGCAUUGUUCAAGCGAGUUUUUAUCCCCCAUAGAAACGCUAAACUCUUCUUCUGACAGUGCAGCGUCGUAAUAAGUGCCGCUCAUCAGAUGAAUCUUGAUGUUCUCUCACCUGCCCAGGUGAUGCAGGGUAAAGUCAUGAAGGGAGAGCUUGCUGACAACCACAGGACAGCAAGAAGUAAAGGUAACAUCAGGCAUCAAGACAAACACUUCAUUAUGUGACUUUUCUCGUACUGUGCUGUCUGAUUGAUCCGUCCGUUCUUCUUCAUGUAGAUUAUCAUAGUGUUAUAAAGAAAAAUCAAAGACGGAGGGCUGAAUUUUUCAGACAACAAGGUAAAAACUCCAGUUUGAGAUUUAGCUCCACAUCAAGCGGCUUUGGUGACGGUGCUUUGCUUUAGUCGACGUUGAAUAUUCAUCAAAAGCAAUAUAAGAGCAUCUUUUCAGGCUUCCUCAUGUAGGAUUUAAAGUUUGGCCGCUGAAUGAAAGAAAUGAGAAGAUUUAUGUAAUUACAGCAGUUAACCUUCCCAAAAAACUAACUAUAAAAAUGAUCAAUAUGGAGCAUUUUUUAAUACUCCAUUAAAGCCCAAUGGUUUUCUCCGAGAAGAAAACCAUUGCUGGUCUGUGGCCAACCCUCCUCCCUGUUACCGCCGAUCUGACAGCAUGAAUCAUGUCUGUAACAUACAGUGUGCGCUGUGCAACAGAUGCUUCUUUGACUGAGCUAUUAGACGUUGUGUGUGUUGGUGGGAUGUCAUUUUUAAUUGGUGGCCUUUUUCCUUCUUUAGCACAAUGAUGUGUUUGUGAUGCUGCUGUCCUUUUGUGGUUGUUAAUGAAUCUGAUGCAUGUCCUGCUACAAUCACUUCUCUCUCUCCAGGCUCUGCAGGAUUCAGCUCAUGGGUUUACUUGUGUGGUAAAUGUUUGUGCUGUGUGAAGUGAUUUUUUUUUUUUUCCUCUUUGAAUGCACUAUCGGAAAAACAUUUCUGUAAAGAAUUGUAGUUUCUCUCAAUAUGUAGGAAUAUGCUUGUUGAGAUGAAGCUUUUGAAAUCCUUUUUUUUCUUCUUCUGAAUAUGAGAAUUUCAAGCUUAAAAUAUUGUGAGACUAUCUUCUAUGGUGUGUGUUUGCGGUAUCAUGAGGUCAGGGGCACAUUAUUAUCAUUAUUGAAUUUCCCUUCAGGGAUCAAUAAAGUUCUUAUCUUAUCACUACUACAUGAUCUCAUACUGAAAAAUGAUCCAACUAUACUGGACAUAAAGUUGUACAAGUAUCAAACUUUUUAUCCUUUCAUUCUGAGGAAUGUAUUUGACCUUUAGCCUUCAGUUUACAUCCUUAACGUCCCACUCCGAUCGUUUUUUUCACUACUUAAAAUGUUCUCAGGUGAUGUAAAAACAUCAUAAUCCCAAUUUAAAGACCACUUUGUCGUUUUCAAUGGCUUUUCUACUGCAGAGCUCAAAUAGAUCAUUAGCAAUUUGCCUCUGAGUUGUGGGCGGAGACAGCGCUCUUCACGUUAGCUUGUAGCCUUACAUUGCCGGUGCAGCAGAAGUAGUAGGUAACAUAGGAGGUAUUCAGCUCUCGGACACUAAUGUCUCUGGGGACGUGAUGAAAGUUAAUAUCUUAACCCUCUGAGAUCCUUCGUUUUUCUACACUCAAUCAGAUCCCAUUGGGUCAAAUUUGAACCGUACGGGUUUCACUGUAUAAAACCAUGAUAACGUAACAAAGUGACACAGAUUUGAGUUUUAUCUGCUUGGCCAACUUCAGACCAAUCUAUUGACACCAAGUUUAUACUUAUUGGUGGAAUUUUUUGGUAGCAUUUAUUAUAAUAAUAUGAAAUAUGACCCCAUUUAUUAUUUAAUAAACAACAGAAAUCAUAGAUUAUGUCAAAUGCAGUUCAAGCCAGGUGGGUGUUGGGGUGUGUCUGGACAGGUGUAUAAGUGUGUUCAUUGUGCUUGAGAUCACAAGAUUAGGACAUACUGUUCAACAGCAUCACUCAGUAUCUUCCCAGGUCAAAUUUGACUCGAAGGUCUGAAGUGCUAUUAAUAAACAUUUUAUUUUAUUUGUAACUAGUGUCAUUUUGAACUGCAUCUUAGAGUUAUCUUUUAUCUAACUGGCAGAAAUUUUAUUUGUAAGCUAAGCGAAAACGGUUUCAGGUCAAAUAUGACCUGAAGGUCAAGCAAAGGAUAAAUAGCUUUCUUAUGAGCAUUACCAGGCGCUAACUUACACGCUUGUUUCAUGAUCGUCCUCUCUAUAUUCUGCCAAGUCUGGCCUGCAUAGCUGGGCUCCAGGGGCAGAGCUUGCAGUUGUGACGUAGGAAAUCUCACUGCGUCUGAGCCUGCCGUUAAGGUCUGUGACUGUCAGAUAUACUCAGAAAAGUAAUUUCACACUUUCUUUUCUCAUGAUUUGUCCUAUAGCAUCAGAAAAAUGCCAUGUGAACAUUUAGACAACAAGAAAAACAUGAUUUUCAUCAGAGUGGGUCUUUAAGACAUGGUUUGAUGGCACAGUGUACUGUCAACUCAUAAUUUAUAUCAUUUAGUUUGUAGUGCAGGCUGUAACCUUCAGCUCUAAGUCAUUGUAAACUGUGAAAUUCAUAUUGAUGCUUUAACCAGCUUCUUAUUCUGAUGUUGACAGAUUCAGCAGGAUUCAGUGAGGAAAUUAGAGCUACAUGUGUGGUGUUCUGCCUGUUACCUAGUAUAGGACAGUGCAGAAAAACACACAAUGCAUAAAAAUCAUCCAUUAUGUGACCGACUCUCAUGAUGCUUUAAAUUAUUGGUCCUCUACUGUGUCCUCCGCUGUGAUUGUGCUGAAUGUGUCACUUUACGAUGUCAUUUUGCUGACCUGUCUUUUUCUUCCUCAGGAGGUUCAGAAUCUGCGAUAUCUGAUGUAAGUCAACCCUCCAUGACCAUCACUUGAUCAGAGCAUGUUUGUGUAAACACAAGUUAUUUGUGUACGCUGAAAGAGUUUGUGUGUUGCACUCUGAUCCUGUUUUAUAUCUGUUUUUUUGCAUCACCAGCUCCAGGUGCCAUCCCUCAGCCCCUCCUCAUCCAGCUGGUCGUGGGACCACGAGGAGGAUCGAAGGCGUCAGGAGAAGUGGCAGGAAGAACAGGAGCGCCUCCUACAGGUGAAGGCAGAGCGUUUCACUCCACUCAGGAGGAAAUCACUCCUUUUUAUCUUAAUCUCCACCUGAUGUUUAUAGCCGUUUGUGGUUUUUUUUUAGGAGCAGUAUCAGCGGGAUCAGGAGAGGCUCCAAGCUGAGUGGCAGAAGGCUGAAGAGGAUGCAUUGGUGCAGGUAUGCAGAGAGACACUGAGGGGCCUUUUAACACUCUGUUUACCAGACUCACCAUCUUUAUUUGCACAUAAUUGCAAUAAAAACUAAUAAUAAUAAAUUGAUGGAAUAGAUAAACAACACAUCAGUACACAAAAUGAAAAUUAUAAUGAAUGAGAUUUUUAAAAACCUUCCUUAAAAUACCAAGACACAUCAUCCCCUGAACUUGUUCAUCCAUCUGACUCUUCCUCAUCGAGGCUCUGAAGCAAAGCUAAAACCUCCAUACUUGUCAUGUUUGGGUCUCUUAAGUUUUAAAUAAAGUUAUAGCAAGAUUUUAGCUUCACAGAGUUUAAAGUACAAAAUAAACAACAGAGCAGGGAAAGAGCAGGAAAAUGUAGCAAAUAGAGAAAUAAAACACCCUUUGUAAAAAGCACGAGUCAAUUUGACUACGCUGGUUAUUCGAGGUAGUUAUACUCAGAUUUUUUAAGUGUUUUGAAAUUUUAGUGAUAAAACAAUGUUAGAGUAAAAUACACACACAUUUAGGAAAAGUCAGGGUGCGACUGGUAUAUGGGUUGUAUUUAAUAAAGUUAUGACAUUGUAAGUUUUGAAAGCAGUGAAAAUGACUGUCUUGGUAGUUUGAGUGUUAAAAGCUGCAUUUAUAUGUGUAAUGGGAUAAUUAUCAUUUAUAGUUUUCAGUAAAAAAAUAAAGGCUGCAAAUUCUGUACUUAAACCACAAAAAAUAAAAAUCAUUUAGAGAACAAAUUCAUUUUUUCAAAGCACUUAUAUACUUAAAGUUCAUGUUAAGUCGUGAUAAUGUGUUAUUUAUGACUUUGUAUUGUAACAGGAACAAGUUUAGCUUUUACUGAGAACUACAUCGUUCCUUUAAUGCAGUUUUUAAACACCAUAAGAACCGAUCACAUAACCGUUUUAAAUUUUUAUUCCCCCUUUUAUCACGUACAUAAAGAACACCUUUGCACCAGAGAUGAUAAAUGGAGGUGCGGGUCCCUCCAGCACCCCUCUGCGUGUGAACGGAUUGACAAAGAAAACAAGAGAAGAGGAGCGCAGCCCUGAGAGACAUGAGCUGAGACAAGUCGGAUCAAAGACUCAAAGUGAUUUACAAGGAGCGCAAAGGAACAAGAUCGAUGAGCCGACCUGGUAAAUAAAGUCCUCUUCUCCUUGUUUCUUGCACCCCCAGCAUCAUCAGCUCUUCCUACUUUUUGCUGAGUCAUGUAUAUAAAUAACUAUUUUCUAUUUUCAGUGCAGAUAUUGCUUUCAAUCAAAAUGAAUAUCAAGCAUUUCUUAAUACUGUUUUUUCUGAUCUUUUCUACUCUUCUGCUGCACCUCCUGCUGCUUUGCUCCGCCCCUCAGGCCUGACGACUCCUGCGGCUUUGCUCAGCUGUCCCCUGCACACAGGUCAGGACUCAAUGAGCCGAGUUCCCACUUGGUGUGGCUCAAGUGUCUACAGUUAAAAAGAUAUUAAUAUUUAGCUCUCUUGUGGUGUGGUGUGGUAUUUGUCUGUAAAGCUUUGCAAAAUGUAAUAUUAAUAGCUACUUUUUCUGCCCCGUGAAAGGAUAACUCUCUUCGAAGCCAACAUCAGCAUGCAAGAAGCCACUUGAAACCUCGUUUGCUCUAAUUUUCGAGUAAAUUAAGUGGAGCUUUUAUUGAUUUUUCUCCCUGUAGGGCAAAGUCCUUGUCUACCCCAGCAUUAGCCGGUCUUCACAAACAAACAAAAGGUACGUUUUUUUGUUUUAGUCAUAAUACUGCCCUCUUUUCUGGUGAUGUGCUGACCUCUCUCACUCUUAUUGGCCCAGGUGAACAAAGGAAAAGUUUAGGACACACCGUGUCUCAGGUGGAGAAAGAGCGACAGCAAAUUUUGGAGGAGAUGAAGAAAAGGACUCAGCUGCUGACUGACAACAGCUGGAUACGUCAGCGCAGCAGCAGCGUUUACAAAGAGCCCAUCUAUGUCGGGGUCCCUCUAAAGAGGUGGGUGCACCUGGACUAAGUGUGUACUGUAACUUGUGUGUUUUUUUUCCUCUCACAGUGCAUCAAAUGUGUCAUUUUCAUAAAGGUAUGAGUCUCUGGAUAACCUGGACAGUUUCCGCCAAUCACCGGUCUUGAGCACCACGUUCAGUUAUCCUCGUCCACACUCGGCUGCUGCAGGUUAUUGUGCUCCCACCAGGAACUCAUCCUCCCGCUACAGCACUGGAUCAAUGCAGAGAAACGCCGCCAUGGACUCGAUUCAUCAAAGCAGGUUCGUUAAAAGACAAAUCUAACUCCUGUUUCUCUUCAGUGUGUUCUUUCCUGUCUUAUCAAACAUUCUGGCCUGACUCUGUUAACAUGUGCUGCCCCAGGAUCAGUGGCAGGAGGACUUGCUGUGUGUGUGAGCGUCUUCUGGGUAGUGGGGCAGCCAUGGUCAUAGAGACCCUUAGUCUCUGCUUCCACCUGGCCUGUUUCCAGGUGAGAGGUUACGAUCGGGUCAUAGUCACAGUAGCUAAUGAACCUGCUAGUUGUGAGUCCUUCUGUCUCUCACUGUUUUGGUGCAGGCUCACUGGGUACCACUGGGCAUUCAUCAACUUUUGUCAGCAAGCCAUGUGAACUUGCAGAUAAAAGUUGGACAGAUAUUCUGUUUUGGUGAAGAAAUUCUUUUUUUUUUUUUUUUGCUGGGCACCAACACAUUUUGCAGAAUAUUUUACUCAUAAGGCCAGUGUUCAUUGACUUGUUUUUGUGCACAUGUAGUAUUCCAUUUGGUGCAUAAAAGAGCAAAAUUUGGAAACACCAGCAGGACAUCCUAUUUCAGAAAAGAAGUCUGAAAGCAACUGUAGCCACGUUUACAUGUGCAAAAUUUUUUGAUCCGAUUAAACAUUUGAGGGAUUGGAUAAUCUGAAUCCACUCUUUAUAUGGGUGCAAAAUCAAAUAUACAUGCACCAAGCUUUAUUCAUAUUAGAAGCAUUUGGACAUGCACAGAGUUGUCUAAUUUCGCUAAAACAACCGCAGAAGAAGAAGAAGAGUUGUAUUUACGCCUGUGCUGUCAACAAAACAACAAACGCGGUAGCGGUUCACUCCAUCCAAUUCAGGAGUUUUCCCCGGUUAAAUGUUGUCACUAGAUGGCGCCCUUUGCGCACUUAUUUUACUGUUCUGUCAAAGGUUGCACUGUGCGUGCAGAUGUGACAUCAUUACGCUGUUUGUACGCCUUGUUAUGUUACCGAAGGAGCAGACACGGCACUCCCCCCUCCCUCCUUCGCCUCUGAUUGGCUAGAAGUGCUGGGCUCUGAUUGGUUAUUCCUUAUGGCUGUGAAACGUCAUCGUCUGUUGGGUUAGGAUACGGGUUAGGAUUAGGAGAUUCAGAAGUGUGAUAAUGUUCUAUAAUGUUCUGUUCGGUGUACAGAGCCGACAGCCCGCUUUUGGCUUGAGCGUGUGAUGACAUUUCCAGCUUUUCUAGCCAAUCAGAGGCGAAGGAAGUGGGACUUUUCCCUACCAUCCUGCAAAAAAAUAUAUAUAUACCCUGUGGUUGUGUUUUAUGCCAGAGUGUUAAUAAUGAAACCUGCACUGACCUCAAUAAAUAAGCUAAAGAGUGAAGAUCGAGUCAGGUUAAAGAGUCACGAUCGGAGUAAGUAUUUACAUGGACACGUUUCGGAAUAACGGCAGAAACCACCCUUCUCGAUCAGAAAACAAUUUCUUUCCGAUGGAGCUGAAUUGGAUCAGAAUCUUCUGAUUGACAUGUUCAGAUGGCGCAUUUUUAUUCUGAUCGGGCAUUUAUUCCGAUUAUUUGUGCCCAUGUAAACGCAGCUUUUGACCGUCUCUUUGAGUAACGUCAGAAGGACUCUUAAGGAGAAAUCGAGUCCAUGUAAUUGCCACCAUGAGCUUUCUGAUUAAAGGCACCUGCUUGUAGAGUUUUUCCUGACACCUCUCCAUGCUUCUGUCCUCCCUGUCUCUCACCUGGUGUGGUCAGGGGCCUUGUCUGUGGUAUUUUUAGGUGUUGUCUGUGCAUUUGGUUGGUUUAAUGGUACACACCCACCUGCUGCCCUGCUUCACGUUUUAGUCGCCCACUGUGAAAAUAUCACUGGCUGAGCUAGCUGACUAAAGUUAAUUUGCAAGUGUGUGUUAAAGCUGCUUCACUUCUUUAACCAUCUGCCUGAAAUGUGUUUCAGACGAACAUAGCACUCAGAAUAGUUCUUGUCUUAUUUUGCAAGAAGAAAGCUAGAUUCAGAGUUACGUUACGAAGGCCCAAAAGGCCCACGCUGCAGGGCGGCAUUGUCUCCAGCAGUCCUGUAAUCUUUUCCCACCUCUCCCUCCUCUCAGUGUGUGGGUUGCCAGCGACACCUCGGAGGAACCGAGACUGGAGUCCAGGUUCGAGUCCGAAACAGGAAGCCCUACUGUGAGCCCUGCUAUUUUCAACUAAAGUGUGAGUACUGCUGAACAAUGACUUCCACUUACCGUCACAGACACUCGUCAGGCGGUGCAGUUUCUGUGCCUCGUGUUUCUAGAUUGAGAUUCCUGACUCAAUCAGACCGUCUGAAUGCAGAAGAUUGCAUCAAAAACGACUCUCGUGACCAGUUUUCAGGCUCAAACUGAAUGUACUAGUAUUGGCCUUCAUGUUGCACAUUACUUGUCUGUGAAGUAAUAAUCAGAGUCUUGAUCAUUUUCAUUUCAAUCGUAGCUCCUUGUGGCCUCUCUAAGUGAGACAAACACCACACAGGAUUACUGAGAAGCACCAGUAAUCUGUGAGGAUUUCUGCAGUGGGAGCACGAGGGGGCAACCAUCAUCCACACAGCCAAGCCACGACUUUUUAUGUCCUACAGUAACUGCUUGGAAAAAGCGCAAACUCUUUUGUGUGAUGUAAAAUUUUACCACCUAUGGACCCCCAGAUAAAUAAUCCUCUACACAGCUGUUUCCUUUCAAAUAAUACGACACAGGACUUUGUUAGUUUCUCUCCCUCCUCAUGCAAAAAUUAAAUGUAAUAUAUGAAAUAAAGAUAAUUGUUAGUGUUGCAUAAAUGCUGUUAUUUUAAUGGUAGUAGCUGUUUGUCAUACUUGUUAUUCCCCUAUAGUGCACUAAACAUAUUGGACCAUUAUCAUUAAUGUAACUCAUGUAACAGGGCACUGUUUUAAAUUCCUGUACUGAAGCACUUUUCUUCUGCUAUAAUCUCACCAAGUGCACUCUGGGAUUAAUCAGUGGUGUGUGUGUAAGGUAUGUAUUUCUAACCAGAAAAUGAUCUUUGAUGUUAUUUGAAUAAAAUCCACAGAACAUUAUCUGUACGUGUUCAUUCAUUCAUACGCCACAUGGUGGCAUCGUUGGUCUCUGAUAAAACAGAAAUGUCAAAGUCAUUAAAGUCAUCACAUUUCUACCUUCAGUGUAAUUAUCGGAUAUUCAAUCACCUUUGAAGCUACAUAUUUGAUGGUUUGUGUAUGUAGAGUCCCACUGGUGAUGCUAGAGCGUGAGAACUUUGUGGCCUGCACUGAUUCGACUUUGCAUGACUGAAUUACUUACUGAUAUUUACUUAUCAAGCUUGAAUAAACCUUAAGUGCAUUUUCUAAUAUGUUUGGCUGUGCAACAACAUUUAUCAAGACUAGAAAAGAGCCAAAGCGCUCUGCUUAUCUGCCCUUGAGUAAACUCUUGAUUGUUUAAAUAUUUGAGGACUAGUGUAUAUUUUCUGAAGAUUUAAGGUUUCUUUUCCCUCUUUUUAUCAGACUCCACUGUAGAUAUGUUUGUUCAUCGUACGUCUGGUUAAACAAAGAGCUUUUUAUCAUGAAAUACUCCCCAAGACUAUCGGUGUGUAGUGAUUUGGUAAUGCUACACGUGGACAUUAUCCAGAUCUCACUGCUUUAAGGUUUGAUUUUGAAAGCUCCUCCGUUUAAUAAAGAUUUAUUCGCCUCUCUGAACUCCUCUGGCAGUUCACCCCGAGUCCACAGUGCCUUCCUGUCAACUUCUUUAAACACUUAAAAACCACUUUGGGUGAUUUCAUUUUCCAUUUAUAGAUAUUUAAGCAGUUCCCAGGAUAACUUUGUAAACAGGACGUUGAUUCUGAUGAAGAAGAGGGCCCUUGUUACGCUUCGCUUCACAUCAAUUGCAUGCAUCUAUUUUGUUUGGACAUCAAACUAAGACUCCAAAAUAAAUAAUGUUUCUUUGAAAGGACAAGUAUGUCGCAUGUCAUUUGGUGUCACGGCCUUUACAGCCUUGACUUAUUUGCAAACUUGGAUAUUUUGCAAUGCACAGACUUGACAACAAAUACUCAACAUGACACAUAAAAAAACAGACCAAUCUUGAAAAGAGGCCACAAACUGUCAUUUGCGUGUUUCAACGGGAAGUAAGUGAAAUCUCUAAAAGGGAAGAGAGAGUUCUCUGUUUGCUGGAUGUAAAAUAAGAAAGUGUGAGGAAGUGAAAUCUGCAACGAAAGGGUAAACUGUGCAGCAGAAAAAGAACUGCUGAAGUUAUAAAUGGCCACAUGUCAACAAAAGUAGUUAAUAAGUUAUUGCUGACCUUCUGUUAGGUGUUACAUACCGUUGUAAUAAUGCAGUCUAUGUGUGGUUUUACAGCGCUCUGGAGUGGCACAGAGGCAGCUUUCGAAGCAGUAUCUCAUCCUGACGAGGAAGUUGGAAUGCAAAUUAGAUUUGUAGCAGCUCGCGCAAACCUCACCGGGGCUCUUCCACCUGAUGGUUUACCAAAUGUCUGUCUGUAUGCCACCUUUCAGCUUGAUGAAGCCGGAACAUCUGAAGUGAGAACAGGGAAGCUGCCACAAAGAUGAUAUCCAGGUCACCCAGGCAGUGUCAACACGGUGGUUUCACUUAGGAGGAGUCAUUUUUAGAGCUCUGUACUCUCUGUGGACCCUCUGAAUAAAACUCCGAUGUUUAACAGUGGUCAUCCAACAGUCUUGGCCCUGAUGGAUGGAAAUGUUUUCACUGUGACCUGCUCUCUGGGAGGGAGGGAGCGCUCAGCUCCCAAAAGGCACAAGCGGAGGAAUAUUUCAGAUUCUGACAUGCUCCAUCUGUUGAAGAUGACUCUUGUGACUGUAGCCUGACCCAUAUUAAAUACCACAUCAUGUCAAGUAAGCCGGAAAGAGCGCAGGGUCAAAGAGAGCGGUCAGGCUCCGCAUGCAGAGACAUUAGUUACAUCAGAUUUAGCUUGAGAGGUGAAAGAUUAACCAGAUUAACUGAGCGGACCAUGUUUACAGAACAGCUACAUUGGACAUUAAUCUCAAUGAUAGCCACACACUCAAUUCUUCUAUUCCUUUAGUUUUAACCCGUAUUAUCUUCGCUGUAUUAAAAUGUAUCUGAGUGAAUUUUAAGCAUUGUUAUAGUUAUGGUAUUUUUAGUGUUUAUCCCUUAGGUUACUUGAGAUUUACUACUUCAGUGCCGUUAAAGCAUCUAUUAUUGUAUGAAUGAAUGAGAGAUAAUCUGUAAGGCCUAAUGGAAGCACACUCUUUGACUGAAAGGUCACAUAAUGUGCACCAAGAAAACCAUCUAAGCCACAAACAAGCUGACAGUUGUUGAGUAAUGCUGGUUUCUCUGUAUGUGCAUGUGUUCCCAGACGGAUACACAUUUUUCAAUGUACUGUUUCAACAUAAAUUAGUAACCAUGAGACCCAUGACAGCAGACAUCUUUAGAAACACCACAUAAUCUUACAAAACAGCUACUGUUGCAGUUUUUUCUUGUGUAAGAUGAGAGUCCAGAGCAGCCAAGGGGAAAAUCAUAACCCUGGUGUUUCUUUUUCUUUAAAAAUCCUCUGAAUUUUAAAUGCAUUGUUUCCACUGGGUUUGUAACCACUUAUGAUUUUAUUUCUCCUAGGGGAAAUUCCAACAUCCACCAAAAUUCCUUAAUUAUAGAUCCAUUUAAGAACUGUUUUACUUUAGAGGAAACUCUCUCCGCAAAGUUUCCUGGAGGAGUUUUCAGCACAUAUUUCAUCAUCUCGGUUCUCUGACCACUGGCUCUAAACAGAUCCACUCUGUCUUGUUUUUUGUACAUUGUCCUCUCACAAACUGGUUUCUCUUCCAGCACAAAAACCACCUCGUAAACUAAACGAGAAAUAGACAGAGAAGUAUCACAAACACUGAAU